AUGGAGAAUCAAGGCACCUCACCACAGCCCCAGCAGGAACGACAACCCUGGCGGUCCACAGCUUCCAACAAUUGGCGUGUCAAAGAUGACAGCCCGCGAGCUGAACAGCCACAACGACGAGGUGGAGGAUUCGGGAGGUCACAUGACCAGCGCGAGUCCAGCAGCCAGGAUGAUUCAGCAGGCACGCGUCUCUACGUGGGCAAUCUUCUGUACACGGCGCAAAAGGCCGACAUUGAGACCCUGUUCGCCGACCAGGGAUUCAAUGUGGUCAACGUGAGCAUCUCAACCGAUCCCUUCUCCGGGCGCAAUCCGAGCUAUUGUUUUGUGGACUUGGCUACCCCGGAUGAGGCUCAGCGUGCUAUUGCCGAGUUGAAUGGAAUUGAGGUGCUCGGCCGCAGUCUGAGGGUCAGUCCUGGCGUGGCCAAGAGAGGUUCGACCCAAGGAAGUCGCGGCGGUGGUGAAAAUGGCGGCCGAGAAAUCAGAACCAAGACUUAUGAGCGAGGUUGGGCGAAGGAGUCUCGGGAGGAACGAACCGGGGACUACAAACCAUCGUUUGAUCGCUGGAACCGCAACGACGCCUCAUCACACUGGCAAGCACCGCUCUCGGAAGGCCGACGUUUGUAUAUUGGCAACCUUCCGCGAAUCGAACCACAGUCCGCCGUCGACGAGGAGAUGCAAGCACUCUUUGCAACACAUCUCGCCGCAGAGGGUAUCAAGCCCAGUGCCGUGUCGAAACUGAUUUCGCCACACCAGUCCAAGGCGGCGGAACCAGGAAAUCACUACUACUGCUUUGUCGACUUGGAGCGAUCCGAGGACGUGGAGACGGUGAUUGCAGCAUUGGACGGCCAGGAGGGAAGCUGGGGUGGACCGUUGAGAGUCAACCGGGCUCGUGAGCAGAGAGAUCGGGCUGAAGGAGGCCGUGAUCGCAAGGUCGUUCGCGAGCAAGGUCUCAACAGAGAUGGCGAAGAGAGGAGAGGUGGUGGAGGCGGUGCUUGGAGGAGCCAGCAAUAA